AUGAGCGCAGAAGAAUCUUCUCAAGAACAGAUGUCGUUGGGCUCAGAACCUCCAGAAAAGGAGCCAUUAGAAGAGGUAGAUGCGGAGGGAGCCACUCCGAAAGUGACGCUUCGCGCAGAAAGAAGUGGAAUAGGAUCUCUUUUGUCUAGUCUUCGUGGUGAUCAUCUAGCAGCGGAAAUCAGAAGAUUAUCGACUUCUCCGAAAAGUGGGAAGGAAGAAGAUGAAGAGGAGGUUCCGGAGCGACCGUUGAAUCGAAAAGAGAAACGACGACUUCAAAGACUCCAGGAAGAGCAAAAUCCAGGUGUCGAAGCGAAGAAAAAGGUUUCAGAGGUUCUAAAACCCGCGGAUCUGCCCAAAGAAUUGAGACAACUUUUCAGUGACACCAAAUCAUUUGACUUUUACGAAGCAUCAUUUGGAUAUGAGGUCACUCGAAGGAACAAUUUUGUGCAUUUUGUGCUCCAAAGUUACCAAGGAACGCAUGCUAUUGCUGCCUCGCAGGAUCGAGUUCUGAGAAUGUAUUCGAUGGAAAGUUAUGGAGUUUUAUGGAAGAAGAAUACGGGCGCUUUGAUAUUAGACUCGUGUUGGGAUCCGUCUGGAAAAGGAGUUUUCUCUUCAUCAUAUCGCCGACCGAUUCAAUUUUUUGAUGCGGAUUCAGGAGAUAUUAUAAAAUCCUACAGUGGGAAGGACGCAGGGGACAAUAUAAAAGAAGCGAUGUGUGUCGGACAAAUGGGGAACAACAUACUCAUUGGAGCAUAUAAGAACCAUUUUCAAGUCUGGGAUGUUGAGACAUCUGGAGAUGCGCUCAGUCGAAUUUCCUACAUGGACAAAAGUUUCAAUACUGGAAUCAUUGGAGUCGCAAUGUCCAUAGCUGCCCAUCCGACAAUGCCAGAUUUAUUCGGCACCGCUGGGAGUAGUCAUCUCCUUGGAAUCUAUUCGAUUAACUGGGCAAAUGCGGUUUCGACGAUAGAGGGAUCAUUGAAAGGAUACACAAAUGUACACUUUUCACCAGAUGGAUUGAAGAUGUAUGCGUCGGAAAGAAGUGGUGACAUCCAUUGUUUCGAUACCCGUAUGAACAUGAUGACUCAAAUUCUAAAACGAAAUUUCGUGACCGCCCAUCGCUCUCGUUUUGAUAUCGACGCCACAGGACGCCUUCUCAUCUCUGGCACGUCUUCUGGUGAUGUGGUUGUCUAUGAUUUACAUGACUUCCGAGAAGAAAUCGAGCCGGUGUUCACCUGCCACGUGGGGUCUCGGUGUGUACCGUGUGUUAGUCUACAAGGAAACCGGAUUGCAUUAAGUACUGGACAACGAGUGUUUCCAGAUGAUCCGUUGUUGAAAGAGGAUGACGACAGUGGUGACGUGGAAAUGGUGGAUACAUUAGCGACAGGGAAUUCGGUGCAGACCUGGGAGAUGGUAUGA